GCGCGGCUGCCUUCCGGUGGAGGUAACAGUGACUGAGGGAACUCGUCCUGUUGCAGCCGCUUCAAGCAGGGCCCCCCCCACCUUGUUCCAGCCGAGACGGUCCCGGCCGCCGCACCUGCGAUCGGCGGAAGAGCGCGUCGCCGCCACCACCACCAACCCCCCCCCCCCCCUCCCCUCCUCUCCUCUCUUCUCCUCCUCCUCUCCUCCUGCUCCUCCUCCUCCUCUCCUCCCACCACCUGACCUCCUCGGCCGAGCCGUGUGUAAUUUUUUUUUUGCUGUUUGUGCUCGGGAAGGUGGCCGAGGGCUGGCUGGCUGGCCGGCUCGCUCGCUGGGCGCCGAGUGAACUCGCUUGUCUAUCACUUCUCAGGCUUUCGAAGCGUUAACUGGGUGGUUAAGAUGGCGGCCGCGGGGAGCGGGGAAGAAGAGCGCAGCCUGCGAGAGUGUGAGCAGUAUGUCCACAAACACAACAUCCAGCAGGUCCUCAAGGACUGCAUCGUCCAGCUCUGCAUCGCCAGGCCCGAGAAACCCAUCACCUACCUCAGGGAAUACUUCGAGAAACUCGAGAAAGAGGAGGCCAAACAGAUGCACAAUCAGCAGAAAUCAGGUUCUCGAUCUGACUCGCGUGAGGAUGAAAUCUCUCCACCUCCACCCAUGAAUCCGGUAGUGAAGGGGCGACGACGGCGUGGGGCAAUCAGUGCUGAGGUUUACACUGAGGAGGAUGCUGCAUCGUACGUGAGAAAGGUAAUUCCUAAGGAUUACAAGACUAUGGCUGCCUUGGCUAAGGCCAUUGAAAAGAAUGUGCUGUUCUCACAUUUGGAUGACAAUGAAAGAAGUGAUAUUUUUGAUGCUAUGUUUCCAGUCACUUACAUUGCCGGUGAAAGAGUCAUUCAGCAAGGUGAUGAAGGGGACAACUUCUAUGUCAUUGAUCAAGGAGAAAUGGAUGUUUACGUUAACAAUGAAUGGGUGACCAGCAUUGGGGAGGGUGGCAGCUUUGGAGAACUUGCACUGAUUUAUGGAACCCCAAGAGCAGCAACUGUCCGAGCGAAGACCAAUGUGAAAUUGUGGGGUAUUGACCGAGACAGCUAUAGGAGAAUCUUAAUGGGGAGUACAUUGAGAAAGAGGAAGAUGUAUGAAGAGUUCCUCAGUAAGGUCUCCAUUUUAGAAUCUCUGGAUAAAUGGGAGCGUUUGACUGUGGCUGAUGCAUUGGAGCCAGUACAGUUUGAAGAUGGACAGAAGAUUGUGGUGCAAGAGGAACCAGGCGAUGAAUUUUUCAUUAUUUUAGAGGGUACAGCAGCUGUGUUACAGCGCAGGUCAGAAAAUGAAGAGUUUGUAGAAGUUGGAAGAUUGGGGCCAUCAGAUUAUUUUGGUGAAAUUGCUCUUCUGAUGAACCGUCCACGUGCUGCGACUGUGGUGGCACGUGGUCCGUUGAAGUGUGUGAAACUGGACAGACCUCGGUUUGAACGUGUCUUGGGUCCCUGUUCUGACAUACUUAAACGAAAUAUCCAGCAGUACAACAGCUUUGUAUCGCUGUCUGUCUGAAAUCCUCUUCUCCGCUGCAGCAUCUGCCAGAGCGAACUGCCUCAUUUCUGUCUAAAAUGCCGCUUCCUGUGGCAAGACCACCACCAGUCCCACAGCUUCCUAUCCAUCAGAGAAAGCAUUCCCUUUGUAGCAUUCAAUGCCACAUUUGCUUUGCGUCUUUCUCACACUGCACCAGCUUUCUACACAGUCAAUGCAGCUUCAGUUAAGAUUUUUUUCUUUUUGCUUUGAUGCUUGUGUGUAGAACUUAUCCCAUUGGUUCUUGUUUAUAAAGAUUAAAACUUUGCUGUUUUAAAUAAAUAGUGUGAUUAAUACCCAGAUAAUUAAGCUUUAAUUUGGUUAUAUGAGCAGAGGAUUUUUGAACCCUUUAGCUUGCUCUGUUUCAAGCUAUGUUGUAGUGCAUUUGUGAGUCAUGAAUCCCAUGGAUGUGUACUAAUGGAAAAUCUUGGGUUUUAGUCUGGACAGCUUAAAAAUUAUUUUUGGGACUCCUCAAACCGACAUGUGGAUUACUACAGAAUAUGUUUAUUUUAAUGUGGCUAGGACAGAAAACGCUUAAAUACGAACACGCUCUAAAAACAUCAUUUCUGUAGAGAUUGAGGGGAAAGCAUCCAAAUUGAGAUGUUGGACUUUUCAUCACAUACAUUUUAGUUUUGAGAUAAAUGUUACAUUUUAACUUUUUUUGGAAGCAAUUUGAAAAGUAUUUAAAGUUGAGUUUUCUUGUAUGUAGUUUUAGGUAUUGCUUAAUGAGGACCCUAUUGGCCUGUGUGGUUUUGCCAAAUUUAUUCAUAUCACUCCAUUUGCACAUGAAGUUAACAUUCAGAAGUAUUUUAAAAAAAAUCCAUAAAAUAAAAUCCCAUUUUAAUUUUUGUCAGCAAUUUCUGACUUGUAUUUAGUCUCCCAGUUAUCAAAGCGUACCUGCUUAUAAUUGUAGUGCUUGUGGCAGCCAAAUCUUUGCUUGAGAAAGGUUAGUGUACCCUUCGAUUUAUGUACAAUACAAAUUGGUUUGUUUGGAUACAAAUAACACAAAAAAAUUACAGCAUCAUUAUGACUCAGUCAGUGAUGCUUUGGUUAAUGGGGUUUAGCUUAAAGGUCAGCUUGAUAUUUUGGCAACCAGAAAUGCUUUUGAUGUUCAGACUUUAUUUUGAUGGGCACAGGCUUUGGUAAUGGUAGAGAUUUUGUACAUUUGCCUGUUAUUGUAAGAUUUCUGCAAUAUCAGGUUCUAAGCCUGUAUCAGAGCAUACUUUUGUGAACUGCGAAUUAAUGAAGCCCUUUUUCAUUAGCCUCUUUUCCUAAUAUAACAGAAGCUAAAUGCCAAAAGCCUUGGGUGUAUUUGACUUGUAGCCAGAAGGUCACCACUCUCAAUCUCUGAGCUGUGUGUCGCUUGAGUUUGAUUUUCUUGGGUGUGUUUUGUCAGUUGUGAUGGAGCACUGCACGAAGGUGUAGUAUGUCAUUCCAUCUGCAGCAACAGGGAAAUUAAAAUAAUCUUGCUACACUUGAACUGUGCUUCCUGCUGGACAGUGGUGGAGUUAUACUGGAAUAAGCUGUAGAAACUUCUGCAACCUAAAAUGAGUGGAUAUACAGUGUUGAAUUCUGUAAGGGCAGAUUAACAGAGCUAGAUAUAUUGAUCUGCUCUUUGCCAGGCAAGAAAUAUAACACAUUAAUUUGAAAGGCUUAUUUUAACUUUGCUGAAAUAAAGUAUAGAUUUUACAGAUCAGACCUUUUUUGUGAUAUUAUGAAAGUUUUUGUCCUUUCUUGAAGUAGGACAGCAAACACUGUUCAUUUCAAUUGUUCCUAUUUGCUACGCAGAUGUAAUUUGAAUUAUUAACUUCAGUCAGUCGCAAUCACAUCAUGAAAAAGUUAGAAAUAUGAACAUUCUUUUCUAGAUUUGGGUAAUAUAUUGCCACCGCUACCUGAUUUUAACAAAUGACUUUUAUACAGCUGUUGUGGCAAAGUAACCCUGCUAGUGACCAUGAGAACUAGUUAGUACAGACUAGAUAAUCUGUCGAUUUCCUCCCUAAUUUAUACCAUUGACUUUCAAUUUGUUGCUGAGACAGAGCCAGUGAAAGGGUUGCAAAAUGAAACUUUAUGUAUUAACCAGAUGUAAUUUCAUUCCAAGGGCAAAGAAUGUAAACAUUCCUUUUAGCAACAAACCAGUACCAUCCUCACAGGUACUGGUACAGGUACUGUGUGCACUUGUACUUGACCAGCACUGGCAGCACAAGGUUGGGCGAUGGCAUCCCUAAUUCCUCUCCAGUCCUGACCCAGUUUAUAAACUAUCCACUGCUUCCUGGUUCUUUAUUAAUAGCACUGGACAUGUUUAGGUAUUUCAUAACUGUCCUGUGCUAGACUGGGGUGGUGCAAUGUGGUAUCUAUUUAAAUGAAGAUUAAUGGCUGACAUUUAAGUUGGUGCAGUGCUUUAGUACCCAUGUUAUUUUGUGUUUAAUCAUAGUUGCAUUUCCUUGCAGCUCACAGUAGCUGGCGCUGUUGUUCCAUUAUUGGCAUACACCAGAGCUCAGCUGAUAUUGCACAAAUGUACACCCAGACACACUAGUAAAAGGCAGAAACCAAAAACUGGAUGUUUGGUCCCGAAGUAGCCGAUGCAUCGGCAUUCUGAAAUGUACCACAGCAGCUUUUUAGUAAGGCAUGACAUUCAAUUUUAUUUUGAGGCUUUCAAGAAAGCAACAAACUCAUUGCUGAGUCUUAAUGACAUUUCAGUAUUUCACAGCUUUGUAUUACAUGUGCACUCAUUUCACACACAUUUUACAAAUUCCACACAGCUGUAAUUAGAUGAAAUUAUAUCCAUUAUUCUAUAUAGAAUGACUUAGACUAGAAUAAUUGCUUGGAUUGUACAGCAAGCUAAAACUAAAUUGCUUGAAGAGUUGGGUUGGCCAUGGGCUAAUUGUAGAUUUUGUCCUGCCAGUAUUGUAUUUCCAUAGAGAAUUAAACCAGUUUUAUUCUGCGCUAAUAUUGCUAUAAGUGAGAUACCUGAUGGAAAGUUGCAAAAUCACUUCAGCUAUCUCUGUAUGAUGUGUACAGUGCGAAUGAUUAGAUGUAACUUGCAUGUUACUAUCAGUUUUGCAGUGCACUUCCCUUAAGAUGCUGUGUAGGGUGAAGAAAAUGAUUUCACAAAAAUCUAUGGAGAAAGACCAGUUGUGUGUUGAGGGCAUGAUGACUUUCACUUGAGUAGAAGUUGACAUUGGCCAAUAUUCCAUUUUAUUGAGCAGCUGAGGCAUUACUAAAAGUUUGAUUUCUGUUUGAGACCUGAGUAAUGCUUCGAGUAAUCAUGGUAUGGCAAUUUUAGAAUGUCAUGCCCAACUCUUCUGGUGUGGCAAUGAAUUGCAUCUGUUGAGCUUUUUCUUAAAUUAGACUUGAGUAGCUUUUAAUGCCUGAUGUUGAAUUGGAAUUUACUCCCUAUGAGAGCUUAUUCCUGUUUCAUCAAUUUAAACUCCCUUGGAAAUUAAGAGUUGAGAGUGAGGUUGAGAUGUAUUGGCUUAAUUUAUUUGAUAUUCCUGGCAUGGACACAAUUAAGUCAGCAGCUGCUUAUGGGAGGUGUCCUCUCUAGAUAUGCCAGUAUUUUGCACAGGUGAAAGCUGGUUGUUUAUAUUUAAUUUUUCUGUUAUCUUGAUAAUCUGUCAAAUUAGGUGAAGGUCAUUCCAGAAUAGAGUUUACCAAUACCGUAGAUUACCAGUAAGGGCGAAAUUAACGCAGUAUUCCAGUAAUUUUGAAACCUUUCUCAAAUUUAAAAAAAACCUCCCAACUGUGACAACCCUGGCACCUAGCAGAUUGGUUUUUGGCUUGCUGCACAUUCUUAAGGUUUUUAUUUACCUAAAUGAUUUUAUUAUAAAGCAGCUGAUAAUAAGUUUAUUGAAUAAUCUGAUGCAGUUGAAGCUUUAACUAUUGUGUGCAAUCAGAACUGUACGUACAAACGACCACGGUUUGAUGUAGUUUGCCUUAGCUAUCUUAUAUGGGGAUUAGACAUCCUCAGCUAGCUUACCUACAAAAAAAUUUGCAAAGUGAGAAUACAGCGUGAUAAUAUGUAGAUUAUCCAAGGACCAUUUUUUGUAUUGUUCCCAAUGACUGUAUAAGAUCGGAUUUACUGUAUGUGCUAAAAUAAUCCUUUUGUUAUAGAGUGUCCUAAUGACAGGUCAAGCAAUAAAAGUUAAUUCUUAAAAAGAAAA